GGCUCACGGGGAAGCUAUCUACAAGGAUGCCACGCCAUGCCCGUGGGUCCAAGGGUUAAACAAGAAGAAGAUGGGGCCACCAAGUAGCGGGCUCGUGGGGUCAUAGGUUGAGGGGUUGCGUUUGCUUGCUCGUUGUCGUUGCUUCGUCUGUUGAUAAGAAAAGAGAGCGGAGAAAUUUUCUUCGGGGGUCGCGUGUUUUUGGUUUAAGUGUUUAUGGUUUAAGUGUUUUUGGCUGAGGUGUUCUUGGUUCGGGUAUGUUUGGUUGAGAGAUUGGCGGGGACGUUGUUGAUUUUUUAUUCAGCUCUUUAAUAUUUAUGUAUGGUCGAUAGUAUAGGAUGCGAAAUCGAAACUCGGACAUCUCCGCUAGAAUGCAUAAGGAAAGACGAGAUGAAGCUGGACUCCGACUUGACGUAAAAUGCGAGAUUUUUCAAUGACGUGAACCACAAGAACACUGUUUUUCGUUUUCUGAAGAGAUUUUGAAGUGCGGGCACUUUCUCGUCGUAGCAUGCUCGGUAGUUUUUCUUUUCUUGAUGAAGUUCCAAUUGAAGUUGAACUUGCUCAUAGAUGUGUUUCAUCGAUGUGCUCAUGUUCAUUAAUUAUUGGCCUUAUCUUCUUGUUCAUGCCCUAGAUCAAAAUGGCUUCAUCACCGUUCGGGCCACCGACGCCGUCCCCUGUGACGCAUGCGAGUUCUAGUCCAGUGACUCAAUUUGAGCAGAAGUGGAACGCUUGGAACGAAGAGCGGGAUGCGAAGGAUGCCGCGUCGCCCACCGUACUCGUUGUCGGCCUCGGUUUUGCCGGUAUCAAUGUCGUCAAGGGUUUGGCGAGUGACGACCGAUUUCACCGGAUUAUCGCUGUAGAUCCAAAAGCCUAUUUUGAGUUCACGCCUGGAACGAUUCGAGCUGCGGCUGUGCUCGGCAGUGAGGGUUCUCGAGGCGCGACCCAGGCGAAGAGGAAAAGCGGUCCUCUUGGGUCCAUCAGCUCCAUGCUCACGAACAAUUACACGCACUUUCUCUACAAAAAUCCGAAGUCGGACAGAAUUUUAGGUCUGGAAAAACAGUAUUCGGACAAAGUCGAAAUCGUUUGUGGCCGCGUCACCUACAUCUCUCCCACUCCCACCACGACUCAUGGCCUUUCUUCUAUUGCUCCCGAAGGACUGGACGGAGACGAUCAGGACACACGCACUAGUAGAGCAGAUCACGACGACGAACAGCUGCAGGAAAAUGAGUACCAAAUUGGACAAGGCGCAAGCGGUGGCGUUGCAACUGUCUCCGUUCUACCAGUUUUCUCGGACAGCAGCAUGAAAAUUCGAAGCAUUCGCUUUGACUACGUUGUCAUUUGCACGGGAUCUCCGUAUACCAUAUGGAAAUGUCCCGAAGGCUAUGCGGCUAUGCGCGUUAGCGCGUCAUCGCUUUUGUCUUAUGCACGGCUCUACUACAGUUUAACACUUGGAAGCUACUUGUAUAAUUUGCUUGGGAUAUAAUUAGUGCUCCAGAAGUCUGUCAAUCAAUUAUAUAAUUUCAGUACAGCGCUCCUUCAUCACAGGACGAUUGUUACAACUCGUCAUCUUGUUCCACCUUUUUCACGGAUUGCUAUACAUAGUUGUUUGAAUUUGAUGAUGAUUUGCAAGGUUACUGUGAUCCCGAUUCGGUGAAAAGAACGUGCAUCACUAUUAUUUCCCCUAAUCCUUUUCUUCCCGCGAAUCCGUAAAGGUCCGAAAGAUUGCGCUUGGUGAGUCACAAGUAUCGUCUGCGGCUCCUACGAGACAUAAGCUGGUCAAAGUAGUCGGCGCUGGAGUUGUCGGCGUCGAGCUAUGUGCCGAUAUUGCGCAUUUCUGUCCCGGAACCGUGAUCCAUUUAGAAUUGCGGUCCACGAAGGACUGCAUCCUUCCGACCUACCCUAAGAGUGCGCGCGAUUACGUUAUGCGACACUUCGAGAAGCUGGGAAAUCGAUUCAAAAUCGUAUAUGCAAAUCCAAAUCAUGUUAUGGCUCGUCAUAUUUCAUUCGUGCUGGGCAUGAUAGCCAUGUUAUUUCAUUCUGGUUUUCGUCUGUCAAAAACCUCUACUUCUCCAAGGAAGAUAGAAGAAAUUAAUGCAGCUCCAUCUAUGAUAUACUUCAAGUUACGUGUUUUGAUCGUAUCCGCUAAAAAUCCAACUACGACGAACGACAUCCGCAACAAGCCAGAAGACGACUCGCAUUACGACCAAAUUUUUCAGUGUUACGUGAAAACGCCUCACGAUUCGUGUUCUUUUCUGGGCACUGACUACGUGAACUCCGCUACAGGCAAUGUUGUGACGAACAACCACUUGCAAGUCGUCGAACAGACGACAGGAGCACCCCUGCGGGGCUUCUUCGCUGUGGGAGAAUGCGUAGAUAUCCGACGUACGGGUGGUCGUGGUAGUGCCGGAGUAGACCGAAACCCGAUCAUGGAAGAUUCGUGGCUACUAAAGAGAUUUCAGGGAGGAUCUGCGCUUCGUAUGCGGAUGCCCGAUUCCCCUGGAGUCAGUCAGAAUAUGCUGGCAUCGAUGAGCACGUCCUCGGUCUCCACUAUUGAUCCUGAACAAGCUUUCGCCAACUAUGGUUACCCUUUCGUCAUGCUGUGGUCAUUACUCCUGUGGCUGUUCUCCAUCCUUUCGGCAUCGGCUCUAUGGGUGAAGGAGCAAUGGCGGAGCAACGCGAUCAGGGAUCUCACCCUAACACUCUAUACGCCGAUAGAUGUAGGAAAUGCGGUCCUGCGUCCUUCGCGCUAUUUCGUCGGCAAGCGCACUCUCGCGCUCGCCGCGAGAACAUCUUCAAAAACCAACACUUCUGGUGCUCUUUCCCUUUGGAACCGAAACCGGAAUGGGUAUGUCGCAGAAACUAUGGCGAAAAUAGCAGUCAAAAAUCUCAGUCGCCUUCACGAGCAUACUCUAGCAGCGGUGCGUAUUGCUCCUGCAGCCGCUCGACGACCAGACUCGUUCUCCAACGAGGCUGCUACAUCAUCCAAAGAAAUGACACAACAAGUCAGUACUAUGACGACAAAUGUUGAAAAAUGCCAAGAACCUGAACCACAUGAUUUUUCUUUCUCGUCUUCAGUACAACCGACGAAGAUGAAAUCAAAAGGGAUGAUGUUUGGUGCGGGAUUCGCUAUGUUUAAUUCUUUCGGCACGAUUACGAGUCCCUCCUCGAGCACCUUAGUGGAAAGACCAGGAGCUCCUGCAUCUUCGUCUUCCGCAUGCUCUUUUUCGACGUCAUCAACAGCAGGCUCAAAGAACAAGUUUUUCCUUUUCCGAAUGCUUGAGUCUAUCUUCUGCUUCUUAAGUUUGUCUGCGUGGCUCGCUCGGUUUAGGAGCACUAUCUCUCUCGCGGGGAAGACCCUCUGCAGACCAUUUGAUGAAGCAGGUCGACGCCUAUCCGAAUCCAAGCGCGUCUUCGUGGAGUCGCUGAUGGUCGUGCCCGUACUAGACGACUUGCUUUCCGCACCGCUGCUCCUCAAACGGGGCAGGAAGUCGUCCGAUCCGGAUAAGAAACCGUCUUCGGAUCAUUCGUCGUCGAGUUGUCUCUACUCGUACCUUGUCGGCAGUUCUCGUGGUGGUUGUAAAUCCGCAUCUAAGCAGUUACCAGUUCUCCCACCGCUCCGAUUGCUCUCCCUGAAGUGUACCGAGAACAUGUUUAGCGACUUGGAACUAGUGAGUCUGGGGCCCACCGACGGUGUCUGCGUGUCAGGCCCGUUCCUGCUUUGGAGCGGCCGCAUCGUUGUGUAUCUCAAGUACUUUGUCCAGAUCACCAAGAUGCGUGAAUUGUGCAGCAACAGCUUUCUCGACCGCUUCAUAUGGGGCCUCAUACCACAUUUCUGA